AUGGGUAUUCUACCAGAAACCGGCAUUACCGACACCUCGGCGGUAAUGGAGAACUUUUCUAAAACGGUAAAGAAGACCGAGGACAGAUAUGAAGAGGCUCUACCAUGGAAGAUUGAUCCUGCAGUUGUGUUGAAUGACAACUACGACGUCGCUGUCACCCGCCUUAAAAAGCUUGUAGCACGGCUUAGGAGAACGGAUGCCGUGAUACGAGAAGACCGAGCGACAACUAAAGUACGCGUCGUCUUCGACGCCUCUUCUCAUGCGCCAGACAGCAUAUCCCUAAAUCAGUGCCUGGAUAAGGGUAUCAAUUUGCUUCCCGAUAUUUUGCAGCUACUUCUACGAUUCAGGAGUUACAAGGUUGCCCUUACCGCUGAUAUAGAAAAGGCGUUUCUCCAGGUUUUGAUUCGGGAAGAGGACCGAGACGUUUUUCGAUAUAUUUGGUUUCAACAUCAACCUGACCAGGAGGCUUCUCAUAAUGAUCUGGAUGGGGGACAGGUUCUGCGUAUGACGAGAGUUCCGUUUGCAGCGACCUCGAGUCCCUUCCUACUAUCAGCUACCAUCCAGCACCAUCUUGCUACCAUUACCGGCGACCAAGAAACAACAGCAAGAAAACUGAGCCGUUCGUUUUACGUUGACGAUUUGGUUACUGGCGCAGACUCAGAGGAAGAGGCCGAAAAGCUCUACCGUGAAGCUCUAGAAAUCAUGAACACAGCGGGAAUGAACCUUCGAAAGUGGACAACCAGUAACGAUCGACUACAAGCUUUAUUUGAUGGACGUGAAAGUCCCGUACCCGAAACCAAGGAAAAGCAGCAGUUGUUAAGCCCGCAGAAGAUACUGGGAGUGUCAUGGGACACAGAGCAGGAUAAACUGCAGGUGACGAUGAAAUCCCUAUUCACGUUUCUUUUGGAAACUGCGGAUACGAAGCGUUACGUGUUACAAGCCGCUUCGAGAAUUUUCGAUCCACUUGGAAUACUAAGUCCGUUCACCAUUCGAGUGAAGAAACUGUUCCAACAACUUUGGAUUCAUGGAGUAAAGUGGGAUGACAAGCUUCCGGAAGAGGCCUUAACCGAGUGGAAGUCUUGGUUCGCAGAGCUUCUAACUUUGCGUCUAGUUAAAGUGUGUCGAUACUUCGGACCACUGGAUUCCACUACAGGCAGGCAUCUAAUCCUAUAUGCCUUUUCCGAUGCUAGCAUGUAUGCUUACGGAGCAGUAGUAUACGUCAAGGUGGCAGGUCAAGCAACAACUCACUCGAACAUUCAUCUUUUAGUCUCAAAAACAAGGGUGUCUCCACUUAAGUCUAAGCUAACUCUUCCAAGAUUGGAACUAAUGGGAGCUCUUGUCGCUGCAAGGCUAGUACACUAUGUCAGAACAGCCCUAUAUGACUGUACAGUGGACAGCCACUUCUGGACAGACUCGACCAUAGCUCUUGGAUGGAUUCGGCAGGACCCAUCUCGGUGGAGCACAUUCGUAGCAAACAGGGUUGCUGAAAUUCGAUCUCUAACCGACCCUGACUUGUGGAGACACUGCACCGGAGACUCUAACCCAGCAGACUUACUGACCAGAGGUGUUUCAGCGCAACGUCUAGUGGCGGAAGAAUUGUGGUGGCAUGGUCCGCCGUGGCUUAAAAGCGACCCUUCUGAAUGGCCAAUUGAUGCUUCAAGCGGGCAAGACAUCGAAGACGAGGUCCGAAAAACUCCACCAAAAGGUCAAACAAGUGUCCAGUUGCUUACAAAAUCAGCGGAAGACAUCAUUGAUCUUCCGAAGUACAGUUCGUUGGACAAGCUUUUGGAUGUGACGUCAUAUAUCCUACGGUUUGUCAACAAUGUUAAGAACCCAAAACAGAGGAUCGCUGGAGCGCUCUCCUCCAGUGAGAUACAGGUUGCGAAGUUAAAAUGGAUACGUAGAGUGCAAGGAGAAGUUUUUCAGAUCAAAAUCGAAAAUGGGCACACUACAUCCCCGAUGCUGAAAGAUCUUCAGUUUUUCAUCGACGAUGAAGGAAUUCUCCGAGCGAAAGGUCGUCUUCAGCAUAUAAAUGACGAAGAGCGUAUCAAGCAUCCCAUCAUCUUACCCAGCGAUCAUCAUUUCACAACGCCCGUAGUAAUGAAAGCUCAUGACAGGGUUUUACAUGGAGGAGUGCUGAGCACUCUCGCUGAACUGCGAGGUUUGUUGCCAGAAGAGGUGUCGUCGCUCAUAUGCUCAGAUAACGCGAGAAGCUUCAAGAGAGCGGAAAAGGAGUUGCGAGGUCUUUGGCAGUCAACAAGAACAUCUGAAGUCAGCAGGUACCUUGGUCAUCAUAAUAUCACGUGGAGAUACAUCGUUCCUGGAGCUCCCUGGUGGGGAGGAUGGUGGGAGAGGCUCGUAAGAACCGUCAAAUCCUCCCUCCGGAAGGUUCUUGGCAAGGCUUGUUUGGAGAUCGAGGCGCUUGAGACCCUGGUUACCGAAGUUGAAUCUGUCGUCAACUCUAGGCCAAUCACUUUCAUAGACAACGAUCCAGAGGAGUCAGAAGUCCUCAGCCCUUCGCACUUUCUUGUAGGCAAACGGGCCAUCGCUUUACCGUCUCCGUCAGAAGACCCUAACACAAGCAGGUACACGCCUUCCAAGGACGCGCUAACACGCAAAAUAAUGCAUCGUGAGGCUAUGAUGCAGCAUUUCUGGGAGCGCUGGAAAAGGCAUUACUUGUUGCAGCUCCGAGCAGCGCAUCAUUUCAAGUCAUCGGAGUCGAAGCGGCUAAAAACAGGAGACAUAGUCCUGCUUGAAAGUAAACUUCCUCGAAAUAUGUGGGAUACUGGGAGAAUUGUCAGGACAUACCCUGGACAAGACGGCUGCGUGAGGUCGUGCCUUGUGAAGCACCAAAGCGGGAAAAUGACAAAGACGGCUGUGCAACGCCUGUAUUAUCUCGAGAUAUAG